GGCUGCUAUCCGUGCAAAAUAAAAUACCGCCGUUGAAGUUAAAUAUCACGUGAUGCAAACCACGUGACAUAUUCUACUUCCGUUUGAAGAAGAAAAACAACAAAGAGCUGAAAAUUAAUAUUAAUGGACGAGAAAAGAGCUCCUGGCAGGUCAAAGCGACCUGUUAAACCACCUGACGACGGUAGCUGGGACUGUAGUGUGUGCACAUUUAAGAAUUCUCCAGAGGCGUACAAGUGUGACAUGUGCGAUGUCAGGAAAGGCACCUCCACACGUAAACCUAAGUUGAAUCCCCAGCUAGUAGCUCAACAGGUGGCCCAACAGUAUGCUGGACCUUUGACACCACCACCUGGGUCCCCGAAUCCCGAUGAAGAGGAUCAGGACCGACUGUUCCCAGAUCCAGAGGAUGAUUUAUUUGGUCCACCACCUGCGCCCCCGAAGCCAGUAUUUAAGAAAGACAAAGGUUUAGCAGUAGUGAACAAAGGAGAAAAAUCAAACACACAAAUAACAAAGCAAAAUACACAACAGAGGCAGCAUAAACAAACAAAGAAAAAUACGAGGCCACCUAGAUUGAAGAACGUAGAUCGAACGAGUGGUGAGCAGAUAGCCGUUACUGUAGAUAAUGUUACUGUUAUGAUAACAGAUUAUCAACCAAAGAAACGUAAACUUGCCACAGAAUUGACCAAAGUGCAGUCUGACAUGAGUGAUACGUCAAGCAAUGCUAGUAAUGAUAUUCACGAGGACAGACUCGGUAGUGAUAAUCAAACAUGAUGGUCGACAACAACAACAACAACAACACAUGCACAAAUAACCUUUCAUUCAAUGUAAAUGCAUCAGUGCAAGGUUAUCAUGCAUUUAUAAAUGAUAUUUAGAAGUGCAAGUAUUUUAUGUGCGGAGAGUUUAUUAUAAAGAUAUAUUAUAUCCAAAAUUCUUACGCUAACACUAUUGUAGCCCUGUGAACUUGACAGCAAGUUAGGGUAAUGACAGUAUGAAUAUUUGAUAAAAAAAAUACAGUAAAAGGAUCUCAACAUAGUUAAUUGUGGUUGCAUUCUUGGAUUUAUUGUGGUAGAGCUCAGGGGUGCAUUUUCAGGAUAAUUGGUUGUCUGUAGAACAUCUUCCACAAAUGCUGUGUCACAGUGUUAAUAGGUUCUUCAUUAAACUUUAUCUUAAUGUUUAUUUUUAUAAUAUAUCUGAAAGGAGUUUAAAUUAGGUCAUGUGGGAUUUGAGGCAAGGUCAUAAAGUUAAGUUUAUCAUUUAUUAUCACACAAGAGAACAUGUUUUUGAUUGAGUAGUUAAUCUUCAUGCCCAAAACUGUUUGCUUUCAUGAUUUCUUGGUGAAGUUCACAUAAGGUCAUCAGGGGUCUAAAACUAGGUCAUUAACUAAAAUUACAAAGUUAAGGAAAAAAAAAUUUAAAACUGCAGAAAAAACAUUUUAGGAGUUUCAGUCAAAAUAUUUGCGUUCUUUCUUUUUCUUAGUCAGAUUUGUAUAUGUUGCAUCUCUGACUUAAAAAAUAAAAAAAUAUUGCCUCAAAUCAAGGUAUCUUUGACUUUCCAUAAUCGUCAACAGUUGCGCAAGGAUGUGAAGAUAAAAUAUCAUUGUGGGUCUUAUUUAGAAAAUCAUAUUUAGAAAAUCAUACAUAAAAAACAAACAUUAUAAAUUAUUUAAAGCUACAGACCCACAGACUAAUGAUGUCAAUAUAAAGCAUCGCAAUGGUUUAAAAUUAUACAAGGAUAAAAGUGCAAAAACUUUAAUAAACUGGUAUUUUUGAAAACAAGAUGUAUAUUAAUCAUUAGACAGCUUUUCUUGUUGUUUAUUGAAAUGCUCAAAAGAGUAUCAUUAUGGUUAGAUGUACAGGGAUAUUUUAAAUAUUUCAUUUGUGCCUGAUAUAAAACAAGGAUUAUGGCACCUGAGGUCUUUCUUCUCAGGUAAAACUGGGAAGUCACCAUAUGUUAGACCUUCUCAGUGUUGUUGAGACUUCAAACUCAUCUGCAAAGUGAAUGAUUGUUAAAACAUUCAUACAUGUUUAUGUAAUGUAGUUAAAAAUAACAGACAAAUGAAUUGACAUCCAUUGUAAAAUAAUCAUCAUUGUUUGUAUGGAGGUGUCUGUGGCCGAGUGGACAAGGUUGUUGACUUCAAACCACUUGCCCCUCACCGCUAUGGGUUCAAAUCCCAACAGGGACUUUGGAUUCUUUCAUAUAAGAAAGCAAUUCAGCUAGCUUAUGGAACAUCGAUUCCAGUUCUACUUGGGUGCCUGUUUAGACCUGAAAUAAUGCAUGGAAGGGCACCUGAGGUCUUCCUCCACCUGUAAAGCUGGAAUGUAGCCAUAUGACCUAGUGUGAUGUAGAACCCAAACAAACAAACAUUUUAUGUAUAUUGAAUCAUAUAAUGCAAUGAAUAUCCCCAUUUAGUUUAUUAAUCCUUACAGCUGCAUGCCUCCAGAUGAGCCAGAAUAUUUCAAGAAAAUCAAAUUUGAGAAAACAUGUACCAAGAAGUUAAGAAUAAUUUAUAAUUAUGUAAUGUGCCAUUUGUGAAUGAUUUUGCUAUAUUUAUCGCCAUAUUGCUAGUGAGACUAAUGCAGUAAGGACUAUUUUUGUAUAUUUUGACCUGUUUUUUUUUGGUAAUUUACAGAGAUUAUAAGUGCUGCUGGCAAUGUGUUUAUUACUUUCUUUGUCCACUUAACUAUAUUUUACUUUUAAAUACAUUUUUCAAAUUUUCAUAAGAAUUAGUAAUAUGAAAAAGGCAAAGCCUCAAAGCGAGCUCGAUUUUCUUUUACCGUGAAAUAGUAUAAAAUAAUUGUUCAAUUUUAUUUUACAUUUCCCGUUUUAAAAAUGUCAUUCGAUAUUUUAUACACUGCCUCCAUUUAUUCUGGUUCCCUGUCGUAUUAUGGUUCCAUAUAAGUGCGCAAGACACCAGUCUCUACGCUUCUGUUUUCAAUCAGAAUACCUCAGCUUUUAUCGUUAUCUUGAAAUUCGAAAAGUUGCGAUGUGUCAAUUCAGAUUGAUUUGAUUUGAUUGAUUAUGUUGAUUGAGUACAAGUAUUGUGCUGGAUAUAUUGAUUUUUAGCUAGAUAUUUUACAUUCCUGGGUUUCUUUUUUGCCCAGGUCAUAGCUCACGAAAAUAUUUAUUGUCAUAUUAGAUCAAAACAUUUUAACUAUGCCUUAUUAACUUCCACAAUACUAAAAAGUAUGAUAAAGUUAUCCCAUCAGUUCAGUGUAGUGAUAUAAGGUUGUUCAGGAGUCAUUGAUUAUGUUAAUGUAAAUUAUAUAAAUACUUACAUUGGUGGGCAUUGUCUUUUGUAGUACCUUUUGUUGUCACUCAUGAGCAGAAAUAAUUAAACUGUCCUUAACGUUCACUAAAUUUCAUUUCUUUUUGUUAUCAAACUGUUCCUAACUUUCACUUACUCACUGGAUUUCUGUUGUAUUUUGCUGUAGCAUAAUUAUCAUAUUUCAACAUUUGUAAUUUUUGUAAUCAAACUUUCCUUUACUGUCACUUUCACAUUGAUUUUCUGUUGUUUUUGCUGUUCCAAAAUCAUGGUAUUUCAAUAUUUGUAAUUUUGGUAAACAAACUGACCUUAACUUUUUCUUACUUGUCCGAUUUCUGUUGUUUUUGCUGUAACAAAAUCGUUGUAUUUCAAAAUUUCCUAAUUUUGUUUUAAUAUUUAAAAUAGUAAAUCAAGUAUUGUUCAGAGAAUUUUGUUUUACUGUUAGGGCUUCCAGACCAUUAAUGCUCAGAUGAGCAUGAAAAGAUCAUGGUGACUUUGUUUAAGCUGGUCCAUAGUUUUCUUGUAUAACUUUUCUCAAAUUUUCACCUGUUUUAAUAAUUAUAAUAAUAGUAUUAUGGCUAAGGUAGCAAUCCCACAGCUUCUUCCAAAUUAAGGUGAGCAUUGCAUACAUCUGGUUGCAGUUGUUGCAAGAGAUAUAACAUUUGGUUAUAUUCCAAUAAAUUAUUGAACUGAAUUUCAAAAUUAUUGCUCAUAGAUGAUAUUGGCUUGGGAAAGUUUAGUAGACUAUUUUAUUGAUGAUCUUAGUAUAUAAUUGAUGAUAUAUGAUAAUAAAUUGAUGAUAUUAAAAACAAAUUACUAUUAAUGAGGGUAGAUAAAAACAAAGGUGUGUAGACAGUUGUUUCAUAUUUUGAUCAUGAAAUCAACUACAAAGACUUUUGAAAGAUCAGUUUUAAUGAAUCAAGCUUUUGUAAUUGGUCAUAAAAGCAUGUUUCAUGACUAUUAAAUUUGUAUACUUGCAAGGUCAAGGUCAUAAUGAAAUUUAACACAUCAAUGCUAGACUGUAGGUUUUUACUUAUUAAAGGUACUCCUCUGAUGUUUUUUGAUGAUGAGACUGGAAAUAUUUUUCCAAGAUUUGUGUACCAUUUGAUGUAGGUCUGGACCAGUAACUUGUGUGCAAAUUUUCAGAUCAUUUGCUCUCACUGUUUUUCCAGAAUAAUCUUUUUGGUGUGCAAAAUGAGGCAACACUUUUCACUCAAAUUGGGCUAAAUUUCUUUAAUUCCCUUUCAGAUGUUUUCAUUCAAGUGCUUCACUUGAUCCGUGUUAGAAUUUAUAGGCUGUUUGACCUCAGUGGAGCUCCUAUAAUGGUCCUUAAGUGCCAUGUUGUACUGUAAAUCAUGAUGUGACUAUGUAGUACUGUAUGAUUCCGAUUUUGUAAAUCAACACAUUGGCUUAAGUGCAAUGUGAUUCUGUAAAUCAACACAUCGGCUUUAAUGCUUUGUGGUUCUGUAAUUCAACACAUUGGUUUUAAUGCUUUGUAAUUCUUUAAAUCAGUGCUGUGUGGUUUUGUAAAUUGAUACAUUGGUUCAUGAAGUGCUUAAUGGUUCUGUAAUUCAACACGUUGGCUUUAAUGCUUUGUGGUUCUGUAAUUCAACACAUUGGCUCAUGAAGUGCUUUAUGGUUCUUUAAUUCAACACAUUGGCUUUAAUGCUUUGUGGUUCUGUAAACCAACACAUUGGCUUAAGUGCUGUGUGGUUUUGUAAUUCAAUGCAUUGGUUUUAAUGCUCCGUGGUUCUGUAAAUCUACACAUUGGUUGUAGUGCUAGAUCUAUGUGUUAUAUGAUGUAAUCAUUCAGUUUACUAAUUCUAUGCUUCCAAGUUUCUUGCUUUGCCAAAGUAUUAUAUAUUAUGUAGGUUAAGGUAGGCCCUAAUUGUUAGACUAUAUUUUAUUUUGUUAACUUUGCUUAUAUUUAAACCUCUAUGCCCCUACUUCAUCAAUCAGUAGAUACUGGAUGUAAAUUAUGGGGUUUAUUUUUAAUAGAUAACAGGUGUAUAUUGUGGGGUUAUAUUAAAAGAUAAUAGGUGUUUAUCAUUGGAUGUAUAUUAUUCUAAUCAUUGUAGAAAAGUUUGACCCUUUUGACCCGAAUUUUUCUAAAAUGUUUGUCCUGCCUUGAAUUUGUAACAAUCCAUUCUCAAUUUUCAUGGAUUUCUAAACAGAAUACAUAAAUUGAGCUAGUAUAGAUCCUGGUCACACUGCAUGGAGAUGCAGGUUUGGCCUGACUAUGCUGGCGGCAAAGGCUGGAUACUUUUGAUUCCAGCAGCUUCAAUUUUAAGCUUUUUUAUUUCAUGCUAAGAAUUAAAGAAUUUAUACUUAAAUGCAAUAUACCUGAAAUAUGACCUUGGCCCCUUUACAUAGGUAAGCUUGAGUUUUUGUAUCGGAUUUUCAGAAAAAAUACAGAAUUAUUAUCAAAGGUACUGAAAUAUGACAUUGACCCCAUUAAAUGACCUUGGCCCCUUUAUAUGACCUUGGCCCCUUUAUAUGGUAAACUUGGACUUUUGUAUCAGAUUUUCAGGGAAAAAAUAAAGGAAUAUUAACAAAGGCAUUGAAAUAUGACAUUGACCCCUUAAAUGAUGUUGGCCCCUUUAUAUGGUAAGCUUGGUCUUUUGCAUCAAAUUUUCAAAUAAUGAGAAAUUAUUAACUGAAAAAUGUGGUGUUGUAUACAAUAAUAUUUAGUCUUUUUUUCUUUUUUUUUCUUUUUUAAGUCUGUUCAAAUACUUUUGAAAUGUAAGUGUCAAUAGAUUUUUAAUAAGGAAACUCUUAUUGCCAUACCAAAUAUUGGUGUGAAGCUUCAUAUAUUUUAACCAAAGAAAAUUAGGUCAAAGAUUUUUGAGGUUGUUAAAUACAAAAAUAGAAAGAGAAAAUAAAUUCUAGGUAGUUUUUUUUCUUCAUCUUUUUCUUUGUUUUGACUAUCAUGUGACAGUUUUCAUCAGUCUUUCCAUUAUUAGUCUACUCCCUAUGUUUUCAUGAAUUUAUCAUCACAUAUAGGAUAGUAUAUAUAAACUGUGAAGAAUUGUGAAUGACUGUGUAAUAUUUACAAUGCUAGAUGGCUCAUUGCUUGACAAGAGUGAAUAGUUGUUAUUUUAUUAAGUGACAUUAUUUGUUAUUAACAAAGUGUAGAAAAAUAAAGAACAUAAGUAUUGUGA